AUGGAACACACCAACAUGGCAAACUCUUCGCUGCAUCAGCAGCUGCAUCAACAAUUCGGCCAAGGCCUUGGUAACAACGGCGGUGGCCCGCCUGGCGACAGGCAAGAUGACAAGUCCCAACGUGGACACUACGCGGAUGGCAUCCGCCCGACUGAUUUCAUGACGGUCAUGAAAGACGCCGGCGUGAAGCACUUUCACACCCGGUGCAUGAUGUGCGGCGAGACGGCAACGUCACAUCACCGCAAGACCUGGCGCAAAUGCCUAGGGCGUUGUCCAUUCAACGCUACUCAUACACACACAGGGCAGCUUUGCCCUGACCUGCUGAGGGUUGCCAACGAGGAUUGGUGUAUAGCGCAUCUCGGAGAGAGCAUGAAAGCUGAGCGUGAUACCGCUCGUGGGCCAGAGAUGCUGCAGCGUUCAGAGCAGCGACGAGAGCAGCGACGAGAGUCGCAACGCGAGCGCCGACAAGAGGCGCCAGGCAUUCCGAGCCUACACAGACAAGCUCCCGCGGCUCCUCCGCCAUUAUCGUAUGCGGUUCCUCCGCAAUUUGGGCAUGCGGCUCUUCCGCAAGGCAACUGGCAGACUAACAGGUCGCCAUAUCUCGAUAAACGAAGGUCGAGUUUCGGUGAGCCUCUUGUUGGCUACUAUAAGCCCAGCCCUGUUGAGAGCUAUGCGAGCGGUGCCUACGCCGCUGGGUACGGUACUGUACCUGAGGCAGAACAUGGUCAUCAAGGUGGUUAUGCUGACCUCAGGUAUCCUUCCGAUGGAGGUAGAUACCCAAAACCCGCUGGGCGAGGCCGCAGUCAGGACAUACGUGAGCGGAGUCCGCCACGGGACUUGCCCCAUAACAACUAUCGUGAUCGCACAUCACGCCCUUCAUACACGCGCGACUCACGCGGACCACCAAGCGGUGAUACACCAGCUGAACGUCUUGCCAAACUCAGGCAAGAGCGCGUCGUGGAGAGCUCUCCACCGACCUCAGCGGCACAGCCGCUAGCAACACAGCCACCAUACCAUCAAGGUGGCUCAGACAACCAGAUGUUGCAGGCGUUUGAGCGUAGGUUCCAGGACCAGGAGCGGCGCCAUGAGGAAGAGCUACGAGUCUUGCGAGACCAGAUUGCUCGACAACAGCAAGAUCUUGCUCGACAACAGCAUGACCAUGCACAGUUGGUGUCACAACUAAGUUCGACACUUCGAAACGGCAUUCUGCCCGCUGCCGCAGCGUUGCAAUACCCUGGCAUCAAUGCAAGCCAACAUGCGCAUGCGACCCAGCAGCAACAGCAACAAAAUGCUCUGCAAGAGCAACAAGCGCAACAAGAACUGCUCCAGGCGCAACAGGAGCAGCAAGAAUCGCAGCAGCAGCAGCCCCCGGCAGCAGAAGAAUCACUGCCGACCGCAUCGACUUCAACAGAUGCCGAGAUGACAGGAGCGGCGAAUACCCCGCUUACAAGCGCUGCUGCGCAACCGCAGCCAGAAUCUGGCGCUCAGCAUGAAGCCCGUGUUCCGGCGUUCACCGAGAUGAUGGGGCCUGUGGGAACCAAUCCAUUUGAGUUUAAAUCAUGGCUACCAGACCGCAGUAGCAGUCGUCAGAGACUGCAGGACGGGAAGGGGAAGGGAAGGAAGAAGGACUAUGGGCGCGAUGGGCGCUUGGGGGGUGCAGUCAGCGCGUGUUCCUGCUGGGUAGUCAGUACGAAUACAACAAUUGGGGGAGAAAAGACCAUUUCCAUUCUUUACUGGUGCAUGUGA